AUGGGCGUUGGUGAAUUAUAUGUACAUUUAGAAAAAUUGGCUGAAAAGUAUGUUAAACCUGGUGAUUUGGAAAUAUAUAAGGAUAACGAACUAGAUUUUGAUGGAUCUAAAUUCUACGGUGAUGACAUUAACUUCAUCGAUCUAACAAUACCAGAAUUCAAGUUUGACUUUAGUGAUGUUAAGAUAAAAGAGCCUACGCCUCUUAAUGAAGGAAUAAAAAUUCAUCA